AUGUCAUCGAACAUUCCACCUCCUCCACCAUUGUCACUUUUCCCUCCAUCAUCCACACAGAGUAACAACAGCACUCCACCACCGCCUUCAUCCUCCUCUUCUAGCGUUCCUCCUCCACCCGUUCUCACGACAGCAUUGCCAUCGAUUGGUUCUUCCAAAACUAAAAAAUAUCUCUCCAAGAAACAGCAGCAACAACAGCAACAGGGUGGUGAGAUUGUUUCAUCAUCCAUCUGUACCGAUGAUGAUUCCGUAUCAGGCCAAGAAUUAGGUAGCAACAAUACCACAGGAAUUAGUACUUCUACAACAACAACUGGCCGCAUACCCACGAUCAAUCCUGAUUUCAUCAUUACAGAUCCCUAUCUUUCCGAAUAUGAAAAGAAGAAUCAUUUAGGAGAACAUUUAAAAGUUCUCAUCAUUACGACUCCGAGCAUUCCAACGAAGGGUCAUGAUGUUCUUAAAAAGUGCCUCGUCCAAUGCAUUCAGAAUAGUCAUGACUCGAGAGCACCUGAUCUGGUUAUUACUCCCGAGCAUUGGAUUUCUUCAGCCUCGAGUGCUGUUCCACCUUCUCAAAAUAGAGAAAUUCAGGAAAUUGCAAAAGUAUUGAAGGAAUAUCAUUGUUAUGGAUUUAUUGGAAUGGGUAUGCUCGAGAAAAAUCAAACCUCUUCAUUUGCAUUUGAGUAUCAACGUUUCAAUGCAGUAACAGUGAUUAAUCCACAAGGACAAGUACUGGGAUCUUACAAGAAACGACAUCCUACUGCCAAUGAAAACAUUACCAUUGGCGAUCGAGUUGGAAUCUUUGAUACAAUUUAUGGAAGAAUUGGGGUCUUGAUUUGUUUUGAUAUUGAAAGCGUGGAUAUUUUACAAGAAACCUUGCUUUAUAAACCCAAGCUGAUUGUAAAUCCGACUUUUAUUGGAGGAAGUGGAUUAUUUGGCUCAAAUUCCAACAAGUCAACACCUCAAGAAGCUGAACGAUCGAGAUAUUUCCAAAUUAAAACAUCACUGGAGGCAAUGGGAAGAAAUUUUGAAAAGACAUGUGUCGACGAGAGAGUCACUAUUAUCAGAUGUGACACGGCAGUAAUGGCAGGAGGAAGAGGUACACAUCAAAUGAUGACACCCUACUCUACGAUUUAUCCUCCAUCGUUUUACAUGAAUAAUGAUUUUUGUUUUUAUGUAGAUGGAAAUUUGAGUGAGAAUGAUUUUUCUCACAAAACAGCACCUCCACCUCGGGAUCGAACGGAUAAUGCAGACAAUGUGGGAAGUCGAUAUGUCAUGUAUUCGAAUGAGAGACAAAACGCAAUAUUUAAACGAGACACAGCCACGAGUGUUGGUGUUAGCAAUGCAAAAGUGAAUCAUUUUGGAGUGAAAUUUUAUGGACAUAACAAGUAUAUUUGCCACGACCACCAACGAGUAGCGAUGGUUAAUGCUGAUGUGUUGUUUUGUAAUGAGCAACUAGAUCAGCUUAAUAUUUGUGAGACUUUUGGAGCUUGUAUUGAGGAUAUUUUUGUGCGACCGGACAAGAGACAGUUAUUCCUCAUUACCACUGAUAACAAGUUGAAAGUUUUUACCAUUCUCGACGAUGAGAAGGUAAAAGCUUCUAAUUUUUCAUUCCUCAAAUUUGAAAAGCAAUUGGAUAUUCCUUUGCUUUCAAUCAACACAUUCAAUAAGGAUUCAUCUAUUCGAAAAUUCUACUCUGUUGGAAAGACUCCAAGUCAUGUAUUUAUUUAUUCAAAUAAUUGCAUCACACGAAUUAAGCUUUCAAACAAUAGUGAAGAAAUAGCUUGUUUUGAGUCACCUUCAUGUUAUGUGAAAACUCAGCCCUCUCAACAAAUUUUAACAAUGGUGGAUUAUGAAGAAACUACUCAAACUCUAUAUUUCUUAAUGUGGCAUGCUGAGAACAAGAACGAAUUGCUACUUGCUUCUACAAGUUUCACCAACAAUGAUCUUGGUGAAGCCAAAACAUGUAUUUUAAGCUCCACAAUUAUUGAUAUUGUGGAUCCAACUCGACACUCAUUGAUUCAUGUGCAGAAAACUUUGGAACAAAACGUGAAGCAUUUUGUAUUGACUUUUAGUAAUUCUGGUAGCGAGGAAGCAUCAUUGGUGGUUCCAGUCACCGUUACGCUCUCCCAACCAUCUCUGUGUGUUUCCACAGAAAAACAUGUCUUGUUGCCUCAGCCCUGUACUUGUGUGUUGCCUUUAAAUUUAUCACAAUUUCUUGUGGCAACUGUAGAAGGAGAAUUGUUAUUGAUGGAGGCAGCAUCCACACAACAGGACAACGCCACUCUUGCACUGGUGAGGCAUCGUUUUCAUAGAAUUCCAAUUCACAGAGCCAGAAGAAUUUUGAGCAUGCAUUUCAACGAGCUGCAAGGAUACUUGGUCAUGUUUCAUGAGGAUGCAGCAAGUGAAGGAGUGUAUCAAAGUCUCACACGAUUCGGAACGAACAGAUUUGUGGUAGAUUUAUCGAACUUUUUCCUAUGUAAAGAAAUUUAG